AUGUCAGCUCUGAACGAGCACGCUACAUUCGCACCUAACUUCUCUUCUGGCUCCACCACUGACUCACAGAGUGCCCUCCCGUACACUCCGGCUGCUAGCGAGUGUAAAGCUCCGCCGAAGGAGUCACUUAACCAGCUGAGAUCGUCGUUUAAUCUUCCCGAGUCAGGACCCGCACAAGCUCAGCCUCAUGUUCAAAUGCAAUACGCUGGAGCCAACUCGGUCCCCUUUCUACCACAGCAGAUGGCUGCCAUACCUCAUGGUAUGACCUCGCCGUUGCACAGUCAGCCGGUCAUGGGUGCUAUGACUCAGCCAUUUCCCAUCGGUCAGCCGUUCCCAUGUGGACAACCAAUGAUUGGUCCGUUCGCCGCUGCACAAAUGCCUUUUGCCGCUGCGCAAUUCCACAACACAAGGGGUCACAAUGUUACACAAGAGCAGCUGGCUGCCGCAUUUCUUGCACAAGACCAUCGAUCAAAUCAUGUGGACCCACCGUCAUCGAGCACCGAAUCAGCUCCUGAAAUGACAGCAAGUUCAACAUUGUCGGAAACCGCAGCAAAUGCACCUCCCGGUGGAACUAUAGCUCCUCCUCCCCCACCAGCUCGACCAGUUCAUCGGCGCAUCAGUCAGUCAGCUCAGCCGUCUUCGUCUGAAUGGCCGGAUGAGAACAAGGAAAAUGGAAACACAGAAGAACCUGUUUGGGUACUUCGUGAUUCGUACUUGAAACGAAUGCAGCGUGAAACGAAAGAGGAAGAACAUUCUAACGAAUGGAACGGGGAUGCAAAUGCGGCGGCGAGCGCUUCAUCAACGGCAGCGGAAACGCCUGCUGACGGGGACGAUACGGAGACCGAUCGACUUCUCCAUGGUGGAUCGAGUACUGGCUCUCAGCCUCCACCACCCUCUACAGGUCAUGGAAAGAAGAAGAACAGCAAAGAAAGUAAGCACUCCUGCUCCUUAAGACCCACUUUGGCGCGAAAUUCGUGGGGGAAAGUAGGCUAA